CCGGCCUCCUGGUUUUCUGACUGCCAUCGCCUCACGGGCCCCUGCCAAGGUUUAGACGCCGCUGCGCCAUCUCACCCUCACCAGAGACACAAUUUAAGUUGGAGAUCGGACCUGAACCUCUCAACAAGGGAGGGAGGCGCUGUGAGCGGUGUCACUGGCGCAGAGGGCAAAGUUUCCUGCAGACGCACCGGCGGCGGACAGCGGCACGCUUCAGCCGCACCAACACCGGGACCUGAAGAGAGAGAGAAAAACAGAAAGAAAUCACAUAACCCUUUGAGUCGGGAGGCGAAGAGAUGGCGGAGAAGAAGGCAGUGCUGUUCAACUUGUGGGGAGUCGCUGUCACCCCGCGACCCGCUGCUGUUUUCAGCAACUUCGAGGAGCUGCACAAACUCCCACGGGGUUUCCUGUCCGGCGUGGCGUCCCAGUCGAGCGGCGCCAUGAGCAGAGCGGAGCGAGGCCAGGCCACGCUCUCCCAGAUGAUCCCAGAGUUCGAGGCGGAGUGUGUGAAGGAGGCUCAGGUUCAUGGUGUGACUCUGCCACCUGAUUGGUCAGUCGGUGGCCUGCUGGAGGAGCUCAGACAGACGGCCAACGUCCAAUCAGCUAUCCUGAACACUGCUGCCACACUGCGCCGCCAUGGAUUAUUGACAGCUGUUCUGGCCAAUCAGUGGGUAGAUGACACUGCAGCUGGAGACGGCUGGUCCCGCCUCAUCUCUCAGCUUGGUGGCCAUUUUGACCUGGUCCUCCAGUCCUGCCGCUGUGGUCACAGGGUCCCCGAGGCCGCCAUGUUCACCUCCGCCCUGCAGCGCCUGGGAGUUGCACCACAACAAGCUGUGUGGUUGGACGUGGACGAGGACGGAGUGAAGGCGGCUGAAGGAGCCGGGAUGAAGUCCAUCUUGGUGAAAGAUCUGGACGGCGCUCUCAACAAACUGGCCGACUUUACCGGAGUUCAGGCUGUAACAGCAGAGAGCUUCCCACCAUCCUGCAGCCCUGGAGAAGUGUCACAUGGAUAUGUCAACAUCAAGCCUGGUGUGAGGACUCAUUAUGUUGAAAUGGGUUCAGGUCCCCCAGUUCUGUUGUGUCACGGCUUCCCAGAGAGCUGGUAUUCCUGGAGGUACCAGAUCCCAGCUCUGGCAGCCGCAGGGUUUCGGGUUUUGGCUCUGGACAUGAAAGGCUAUGGAGAGUCAACAGCGCCACCAGAUAUUGCAGAAUACUCGCUGGAGCAGAUGUGCCAGGAUUUAAUGACCUUCAUGGACAAAAUGUGUCUGCCUCAGGUCACUCUGGUGGGUCAUGACUGGGGCGGCACUGUGGUCUGGACUAUGGCUCAAUACCACCCUGAGAGAGUCAGGGCGGUGGCGUCUCUGAACACUCCUCUGUUCCCUGUGGAUCCCUCUGUCCCGCCUGCAGAGAAGAUGAAGGCUCUUGAUAUAUUUGACUACCAAAUCUACUUCCAGAAACCUGGUGUAGCAGAGGCCGAACUGGAGAAAAACUUGGAGAGAACAUUCAAGAUCUUCUUCUUCAGCAGUGCUGAUGAAAAUCGUCCCCCCAUCAGCACGGCUGGAGUCUGCGCCCGAGGCGGUCUGUUUGGGGGUUUACCGGAGGAGAUUCCCAGGAGCCCCAUGCUGUCUGAGGCCGACCUGCAGUUCUACGUCAGCCGAUACAGAGACAGAGGCUUUGGGGCGCCGUUGAACUGGUACCGCAACGACGAUGCAAACUGGAGGUGGAUGUGUUCCCGACCAACUGGAAAGCUGUUGAUGCCCGCGCUGAUGGUGACCACAGGGAAAGACCCUGUCCUGCUGCCGAGCCUCUCCAAUGGUAUGGAGGACAAGAUCCCAAACCUGAACAGACGCCACAUCGAGGAGUGUGGACACUGGACUCAGAUGGAGAAGCCCGAUGAGGUGAACCGCAUCCUGAUAUCUUGGCUUCAGGAAACACACAAGACGGCCGGUGGAGUCAAAAUGGUGCCAAAACUGUGAGGAGGGCCCUUGGACGUAAUAACAUGACCAUGUUUGGUUUCAAAUAGGUUGAAAAAUCUACUUCAAGGUAUAUGGACUUCAUGGUAAAAAUAAAUAAAUAAAUAAAAAUAAAAUAAAAAAAAAGCAUUCAGAAACAUAGAAACUACCUAUUUUUUUGCAUCAAUUUCUGUAUGUGAAACAAUUUUCUGGAGAGGACAUUCUGUUGGACAAGGCUUUCUGUCACAUUUAGCAUCAAAUUAAAUGAUAAAUCCAAUAAAUUCAAUAAAUUCAAUAACACUAGGGAACCACUGGAAGGACUAGCAGUGAAAUAAAGGCAGCUGCAAAGGAUCAUUACCACCAGAAACACAGGAAACAGCAAAAAAUAGUCAUCAGGAUCUAGAACAAAGGUAAUAGGCAAAGAAUAAUACAAACAUGCAUAUUGUCAAGAAAUAUGUCCCCUCCAGAACAUUAUUGGUUGAUAAGUAGAGCACAAAGCUAAUUAUAGCCAUUAUGUAUAAUCAUAUAAAUGCUGCUAGAAUUGAAAGCAGUUGUUUUUGUCUAAAACUUGUAUGAGGAUAUUAGCUGAAGUGGAAGGCUGCUUAAAAACAUGAUAUUAUUAUUUAACCUAUGAGCAGAGAAAACUGUAAUUUGAACAUGUUAAGUUAACAGUAAUAAUACAUUUAUGAACAAAAUGAAUCAUAAUAUGCAUAUCCAUGAAGUUCAGACCCAUUAAAUCUAAUGAUACUUUCAUUUUCCUCAUAAUAGUGAGGACUAAAAUAGGGAGGACAGU